AUGAGAACAAGACAAAGUAAGAACCAAAACAAAUCUUGUUCUACUGUCGACCUGAGGCAGCUCGACGAGAAUGUGAAUUUCACUGCUUCUGACCCUGGCCACUCCAAAGAUGUUAGUCACCGGAGCCCAGUUCAGGAGACAACUCGUUCCCAUCGAAUAAGAUGGACUCAGGAAGACCUUCAAGAAUUGAUGUGGUGCUAUUUUUACUCUCAAAAAUUUGGUUCAGGAUCGGAAAGUGACACCUUUAAAAUCUGGAGAGGAAGAAACCCAAACAGCAGGAAGGACAUGACAUCGAAGAAGUUGGCUGCCCAGAGAAGAUAUAUAAUGAAAGCACAAAAAAUUGAAAAUAAUAAAUUAGAAGAAAUUAAGAAAAAUGUAGACUCUUCGUGCAGUAAUGUUAUACGAGAUAAUGCACAAAUAAUAACAGAAUUAAAUGAGUCUAACCACAAGAGUAAAACCGAUACUGACGAGCAAUUGUUGACUGAUGCAGAAAUGAAGAGCAUCGAAGAGAGACUAAUUGAAGAGAUAAAAAAAGUAAAGAUGUGCCCAUUAAUAAACAGGAAGCCAUUAAGGAAAAUAUACAAAAAUAAAAAGGCAACUGAAGUUUUACAUCUUAUAGAUAACACCCUCAUAAAUGUAUUAGAAAAAGUGGUAGACAUUAAUUUAACCACAAUUAAUGAAAUUAUAUAUGCUGCGGGGGUAGUUGCCACAGAUAUUAUACUUGGGCCAAGAAAAGAAGCUCGUCAUAAAGGAAUGGAAACAAAAAAGUCAACAUCACCAAUAUGGAUACAAAGAAUAGAGGGAAAAAUAGAAAGAAUAAGAUUACAUAUCUCCCUGGUAUCCGAAAUGAAGAAGAAUAAUAAUUUAAAGAAGAGGACAAUAAAGAAACUGGAUCACCUUAAAAGGAUCUAUAAAUUGAAGACCAUGGAAGAUAUAGAACUUACCAUGGAAACUUUAAAACAAAAGGUAUUGCUCUAUUCUCAGAGAAUAAGAAGAUAUAAGAAGAGAGAGCAGUUUUGGCGACAAAAUAAAUUGUUUGAAUCGGACCCAAAGAAAUUUUAUAGAACAAUUAGAGAGCAGAACAUACAAAAUGGAUCCAGCACCUUAAAUGUAGAAAAAAUGGCAGACUUUUGGUCGAAUAUAUGGGAAAAAUCUCAUCCACUAAAUAAGAACUCUACAUGGAUGAAUAAAGAAAAAGAAGCGCAUGCCUGGAUUGCUUCUUCAACAAUGUCGGAUGUAAGAAUGGCGGAUUUAGAAACAUGCCUAAAAAACACGGCCAAUUGGAAAAGUCCCGGAUUAGAUAGGGUACAAAAUUUUUGGAUUAAGAAUUUUACAAGUACCCAUAAGUAUUUACUGGUAUCCAUAAAUAAAUUAAUAAUGGGACGGCAAGAAAUGCCAGAAUGGAUAACCACGGGAAAAACGUAUUUGCUGCCAAAAAAAUCAGGAGCUAUGGAACCGAAAGAUUUUCGGCCGAUAACCUGUUUGCCCACAAUGUAUAAAAUAAUAACAGCUAUUAUUGCUGAAAAGAUUUAUGGGCAUUUAAGAAAAAAUAACAUUUUUCCUCCUGAACAAUAUGGAUGCAGGAAAGGGUCUUACGGCUGCAAGGAGGUUUUAUUAAUAAAUAAAUUGAUCAUGGCCAGUGCAAAACAAAAGAGGAAGAAUUUAAGCAUGGCAUGGAUUGACUAUCAAAAGGCCUUUGAUAGUGUGCCUCACGAAUGGAUUAUUGAGGCAUUGAAAAUAUAUAAAGUAGACCCUAACAUUACAACGUUCUGCGAGAAGAGUAUGAAAAAUUGGUGCACCCAGCUGGAAGUGCAAAAAUACUCUUCUAGAAAAAUAUUUAUAAAAAGAGGGAUUUUUCAGGGAGAUUCAUUGUCGCCACUUUUAUUUUGCAUGUCUUUAAUUCCUCUAUCCAGACAGCUUAAUAUCAAGGAUCAAGGAUAUGAGUUGAUACCGGGAGGCAGGAAAAUUACCCAUAUGCUAUAUAUGGAUGACUUAAAAAUUUAUGCCAAAAAUGAAGAGGAGUUAAAUAAAAUGUUACGGACGGUUCAAACCUUUUCCUCUGACAUCAACAUGAAAUUUGGUUUGGAAAAUGUGCCAGAAUAA